AUGUCUGACCAACGAGUGAUUGUAGUUGAGGUAACACCGCCACGGGAGGAACAUGAUGAGCAACAUUUCUUAGAGAAGGAGAUUGAUCUUGCUGAAAACAAAAUCGAAAGACUGCAAGACAAAAAGGAUCGACUGAAUGAAAGAAUAGGUAAGCUUGAUCAGAAGACAAAAAACCUAACCAAGAGCAAUGAAAGGUUCGAGGAAGUUCUGGACAGAUCACAGCAAGAAGGAGCAUCGAGAAGGGUCUUGGAGACCGGGCUCGAGUCGUUGAAACAAGGCAGGGAGACUUGUCUAGAGAACGAGAAAACGCUGCUUGAAUUGGAUCUCGAGGCUCUGGGGUUACUCAAGAAGAUAAGGGAGUGGGAGGUUUACAGAGAGAAGCUAAAGACUAGACAAGAGGAGAUGAGGUUUGAGGAGUGGAUGAGACGCGAGGAGGGCUUGCGGUAUGAGGAUUGGAAGAAGAGCAAGUACAGUUGA